CUCAUCCUUGGUUGCUACUGUGCCGCUUACUACCUAAUCAUGGCAAUUUUAAAAAUUAUUACUUAAUAGUUAAAUAAUGAAGGUUAAACUAUUAUCAAAAAUUUUAAGUCAAAAUUUGUUGUUAAGGCUUUUCACAGAUUGGAUGUUUACAGAAUUUUAUCGCUCAGUAGUUAUAUUAAUUCAUGUCGUUCAUAAUUAUGAGUGCUGACAGGUGCGUGGGAUUUUCCGAUUUGUCCUAUCAGCCGGAGAGGUGAAUAGCUAUCAAACUGAUAAUACUCACAUUUUGAAUUAUGGCACAAGGAUAUUCAAACAUAUCCUUACGCAGAUAUUCUGCAUGUGGGCCAUCUUUACGGGAGCAUUGCCCUUUUCCACAUGGCUCUUGCACAGGAACGGGGAAUUUUCGCCGUUAUUUUCUUCGCGGAAGAUGUUCUUACGGCCAUUCUUGCCGGUUCGUCCAUGAUAAGGAUCUCCGACACACCCUGCUAGAUAAAGCCAACAGCCCACCACGCCAGACAUCAUCGUUGCGGAUCAAGGAAAAACAGAAGCGGAAAAGGCUGGUGAAGGUGGAAGCGCCACCGAAUCCAGUUGCUGAUUUGAAUGACGAUUUCGAUUGUACUAACUUCCCGGCGCCCGAUGAAAAGCCGGAACAGUGGCAAACGUGUUCUAUUUGUUUCGAAACUAUUCUGCUACAACCGGACGCUACAAAGCGACAAUUCGGACUGCUCCAGAACUGCUCCCACUCAUUCUGCUUCGACUGUAUUAUAACAUGGAGAAAACAGUCCGAACUAACAGUGAAGCUGGACCCUGUAGUAAUUUGGUCAUGCCCAGAAUGUAGGACUUAUUCCGACUAUGUAACUCCUAGCCCAGUCUGGCCCGAAUCGAAUGCCCAGAAAAAGAAAAUCAGAUCUGCGUAUAAGAAGAAAAUGGGUCCCUGCGUUUGUACUACUCGUUCUCGUGGAAUCGGAAAUGGGAGUCCGUGUUGGUAUUCCCAUGUCCUGGCUGGUAUUUCUGCUGCCGGAGAACCGCGAAGGGUAAUCUCUGAAUCUACUGUCGAAGACGGUUUUAUGGACGAAGCCACCAUUGAAUUGAUAUGGAGUGCCAUUCGGGCACAGCGUGAAGUAAGGGAAAGGACUGUGACGGGGGCAGGGAGAGUUGUGUCUGUGGUUCUGCAUCCAGGAAACGAUUACCUUCACGAUGCACUCGUAUUGGCGCUCUUAUUGAUUUUAGCCGUGUGUUUGGUUUUGUCUUCAUUUUGCUGAAUGUCAUAUUGUCCUUUUGUGGCAUGCUGAUUAACUAGAUCAAGAAGUUUGAAAAUGUGAUGCAACUGACAGACGAGUAAAACAGGAAGUAAUGC